CAUCUCAAUUAACCACCCGUGCCUUUUGCGCUUAAGUUUUCUGUUGAAACAGCUAUUUUACUAAAUUAAGACAACAUUUACUAGAACAAAGUCGUCGAAGGUGUUGCAAUAGUGCAGAGAAAAGUAACAAUAACACAACCAUGCAAUCCAGAAGUGCCUGUUUCGUGAUUUUCGGUUUGGUGCUGCUAGCGUUUGGCGUCCAAAAGGGUUUUGGUAUCAAAUGCUGGGAAUGCCGCUCAGAUUCGGACCCGAAGUGUGCGGACCCGUUCGACAACAGCACCCUUUCCAUCACGGAUUGUAAGCAGGUCGAGCCGAAGGAACAUCUACCGGGGGCAAAGGCCACCAUGUGCCGAAAAAUUCGCCAAAAGGUGAACGGCGAGUGGCGGUACUUCCGCAGCUGUGCCUUUAUGGGCGAACCAGGUAUCGAAGGUGACGAACGGUUCUGCCUCAUGCGUAGCGGUACCUACAACAUCUUCAUGGAGUAUUGUACCUGCAACAGUAAAGAUGGGUGCAACGCGGGUUCGCUCCUUUCGCCAGCCAACUCGCUCAUAGCUGCUUUAGUUGUAACAAUUUUGAGUCUUUUAUUUCGUAACUGAAUCCUGCCAUGCCGGAAACGAGGAUGUUUCUGGACCAAGUAGCUGUAAUCGAGAGGCGCGGAACAUAUUUCAAAGUAUUGCCUUAGAACCAGGAACGAUAUCUCUGUCUAUGAUCGGCAGAACAUAGCAUUUGCCGGCUGCACUUAGCCAUGAAUCAUUCCGUCCACUAGCAAAAGUGAAUCUCUUAUGACUGCUGGAUUUUAUUCCACGGCGUUUUGUAUUGCGAAUGAAAUAAAUAACUUUUUCCUAUUAACUCUA